AUGAUAGCAAUGAAGAAAACAUGGAGCAUGGGAGAAAGAAUAUUCAAACAGGACUACGAGAGGAGAAUGAAGAUGUUUGAAGCAUUAGUAGAGAGCAUGGCGCUGUUUGGAGCAGAGGUAUGGGGUUGGAACAUGGAAGAAAUGCUGGAUAGGAUAAAAAGAGGGUACGUAAAGUGGAUCUUAGGUUUAGACAGGACAACACCAAACUACAUACUGACAGAAGAGUGCAAGAUAGAGGAAAUCAAGGUAAAAGCAUUAAAAAGAGCAGCAAGGUAUGAGGGAAGAACUCUAGAAUCGGAAAAGGAGCUGGUGAAAGAGUGCAUAAAGGAAAGAGAGAGAAAGUGGGGAAAUGGCCAGGAAGACAAA